GACGGUCUUGAGGCGCACGGGCUCCCGGAAGUGGCGGAUGACGGCGAGUGUGUCGCGGUGCGUGAGGCCGCUGACGGGCGUGCCGUUCACCUCCAGCAGCACGUCUCCGGGACUCGGUGCUCGGCCCGCGUGCCACCGCAGCGCCCCCGCGGAGGAAGCAGCAGCCGCUAAGCCGUGGCUGAUGUACGGAAACUCUCCGCGCUCGGCGCCGCCGCAGAUCUCCAGCACGGAGCUGAGCUCCCCGCCGCCCCACGACACCGCGCUCUCCUGCACUUUGUUCGCCCAGUGCUUCUUCUUCUUCAGCGUCUUCGCCAUCGGAAACGCGCGGUCCCGGCUCUCCAGCGGAAACGCACAGUCCCGGCUCCGGCUCUCCAGCGGAAACGCGCGGUCCCGGCUCCGGCUCUCCAGCGGAAACGCGCGGUCCCGGCUCCGGCUCUCCAGCGGAAACGCGCGGUCCCGGCUCCGGCUCUCCAGCGGAAACGCGCAGCUCCUGCUCUCGCGCGCCGCGCUGUCUGUUUGCUCCUCCAGGAUGCGCUCGAGGCUCAGCACGCGCGUGCGGCGCUCGAGCUCGCGACUUCCAUUACUUAACAGGUGGACAAACAAAUCAAUCAAUAAUCAAUAAAUAAACAAAUAAAUGCCUUCGGCAAAACAAAGUAAAUGGAAGCGAAUCCCUUCAGCACAUCCGAGUCUCCUUUCUUCCUUCCUUCCUUCCUUUCUGUUUUUCCACGUAAACCAAUUGGAGCCGGAGCGCGCGCCCUACAUCACUGUUCCAGCCGGUGAACGAGAAUUAAACUGUUUUUGUUUGUUUGUUUGUUUGUUUGUUCAAACCAGCGCCACAAAACCCAGUUCAUUAAUCAGAAGCGCGUAUUCAGUGCACCUGCUUCUUCAAUGCGAGAGCGAGUUCCCGGUGUACCGGGACAUACCUGUCUCCUACAGACGCCUUCAUGGACCGACCGACCGACGACCUGGGUUUGUUUGUUUGUUUGUUUGUUUGUUGUUUUCUUCUUGUCGCUGGACCGCGCACGCGCACAACUCUUUCUAAAGUGCAUAUAAAGCGCACGCGAGAACUUUGCCGCUCGUGCUCGCUUCGCUACUCUUUUUUUUUUUUCCCCAGCACAGAGACCGACUCCGGAAAUGAGUGACGUCCAGCGCGACCAAUAGCGAGAGAGGAAGAGGAGGAGGAGACAAGAACACUCUGCUCACUGUUUCUCUUUGCUCAGUUGUCAACCUGUGAAAACGAAGGACGGCUUUUCUUUCAAGGCCAAGGGUAUGAGCAAGCAGUCAUGAGAGAUGCUUAAGAUAAACCACCAAUGGAUGUGCAGGUUACAUGCAACGUCUCCAGCCUUGAAUGUGGUCAAUUAGCACUCAUCAUCAUACCCAGUCUCCUGGCUCUUAGCACACUGAUCAUCGUAACUCAGAUAAUAUGGAGCUUCUUAAAAAAGAAAUCGUCAGUUCUGACAUCCUCAGUUGUGUCUUUUGACCGAAAUGGUCUUCUACCUGGACACAAUGCUCUGAGCUCAUGGGAAAUGCCCACCCACUGCAUCCUGGAGGAGGUGGAGUUCCUGAAAAACGGCCGCUAUGGGGAUAUCUGCAAGGGCCAAUUAAAAAGAGAUGGAGUUGCCACUGCAGUGAUCAUUAAAAUGUUCAAAGGAAGCCCAAACAAUCAUGAGGCAAAAGUGUUUGUGGACUUGGCACUGUUCUACUCAGCAGUUUGCAAACAUGACAAUCUGGUGCGAAUGCUCUACUGCCAGACACAACGUUCUCCCAUGUACUUGGUUUUCGAGAGGAGCACUCCUGGAAAUCUGCUGCAUUUCUUAUGGAGCCUUCGAGAGGGUGAGGGACGAGGGACGUGCCAUCAAGAACAGUCUUUUUCGGAAAGAUCUGUGUAUUUAGUGGCCAAACAAGUGGCAACAGGUCUGGACUACCUGCUGUCAGAACACAGGCUUGUGCACGGGAACAUCGCAGCAUGCAACAUGCUGAUUGGCUCAGGGCUCCUGGUGAAAGUGUCCGGAUUGGCCUUAGCCUUCGAGUCGAGGAAGACGGAGACGGAGACAGCGGGCAAGGAAGGGACAGCCGGAGUACCUCUGAAGUGGCAGGCACCAGAGAGACUCUUUAGACUUCCUGUUACGGCCAGGAGUGACGUGUGGUCUUUUGGAGUCCUCCUCUACGAGUUGAUAACUUUAGGUGCUCCUCCAUUUCCCGAACUGGAGCCAUCGGAGACAUUCCUCGAAACUUUGGCCAAUUACAAGCUGAAAAGACCUCCAAACUGUGGCGGGGCACUGUUUGACCUCAUGAAAUAUUGCUGCAUGUGGAAUUUUAAGGAUCGCCCGGCUUAUUCCGCGAUCAUCAGACUGCUGGAGUCGUACAUUCACCUGGCUAAUACUAAACCCCUCAGUGCAACACAACACAUGGACAUUUCUGAAUACAGAAGGAAGGCGGGAGUUCCAUCUUGAGUAUUCAGAGCUGACGAAUUAAGACUUGUGUCCAAAAGUAACGUCAAUAUUCUGUUCAACAUCAAGCUGUUCAGAGUUGCUGGAGUUGAUUUUCUGGCCUCCAAGAUUAUCAAAUUAUUCUUCUGUAAAAUGAUUUGAGAUGGGAUUUCUCAAUCGCAUCUAGACUAUUACCUUUAAACACAAGCGCUUACGCUUGACACCUGAUUUAAAAAAAAAGGUGUAAAAUGUGACUGAAGAGCAAGAGUCAAAUGUAGUAUGAUGUAACAUGAAAGCAAGGGACGAUAUCUAAUAAGAGUCUAGUAUAUUGCCAAAAUAUUAUUGCAUAAAUAUAGUCCUACAUUUAGCAAAUUUGGUUUCAAUAUGGCUCAUUAUUCAGCAGCUUGAAGUAAUGGUUAGAGAAGCAGCUUUGGGACCAAAAGGUUGCCAGUUUGAUUCCUUGGACCAGCAGGAAUGGCUGAAGUGCCCUUGAGCAAGGUACCUGCUCCCCAGGCUACUCUGGGUAUGUUGUAUGUCACUCUGGCUAAGAGUGUCUGUUAAAUGCCUGUUAUAGAGUAGCACAUGCUGCUAUUUUUAAACAAAGAAAUUAUAUAUCUACACUACCAUUCAAAAGUUUGGGGUCACUUUGAAAUGUCCUUAUUUUUGAAAGAAAAGCACUGUUCUUUUCAACGAAGAUCACUUUAAACUAAUCAGAAAUACACUCUAUCCAUUGCUAAUGUGGUAAAUGACUAUUCUAGCUGCAAAUGUCUGGUUUUUGGUGCAAUAUCUCCAUAGGUGUAUAGAGGCCCAUUUCCAGCAACUCUCACUCCAGUGUUCUAAUGGUACAGUGUGUUUGCUCAUUGCCUCAGAAGGCUAAUGGAUGAUUAGAAAACCCUUGUACAAUCAUGUU